AUGCCACCCAAACGAAAGGCUCCUGCCAAACUCUCCGGUCUUGUAGGAUCGGAUGAUGAAGACAUCAUGCAAGUUACAAAAGAAACGGAACCUUCCAACGAGCCUCCCGCCAAGAAACGACGAGGCCGACCGCGUAUUACCCACGACGAUGAGACUGAGACCAAACCUACAAAACCUGCCACACGAACACAAAAGCAGCAACCAGCUGCACCGGGUACAGAGGCUCCUACAGAGGAAAAGCCUGCUCGUCGAGGACGACCCAAAGGAAGCAGCCGGGCAGCGCAAGACGCAGAACAGGCCGCGCAGGCAGCAGGUGUGGAGGAUAUGGGUCCCGAGCACGACGAUGCACUCGCUGAGGAAAAUGAAGAACCUCUCGUCCACAAAAAUGCAAAGAAGCAGCCGGCCAAAGCAGUAAAGUCUAAGGUUGCUGUGCCUGCUGCACGCGGUCGGGGACGGGGUCGUGCGGCCAGCGCACAGCUUCAAACAGACGGGGAAUUUGAAUUCACACCGAGCGGUACUCGACACGUUGACGUUGUGGCACCCCAUGAGCAAGCUGCCUCAAGAACAGAGCCUGAAGUCGAAGACUCUCAACCGAGAGAAGAAGCCGCUGCCGAACUCGUAGACGAGACUCCAGCCCAAAAGCGCAACAUUAUUUCUCCAGUGAAGCCCGCUCGCUCUCGGCUAUCGAUGUUACGCAACCCACAAGAUUCUUCUCCUCGUAAGCGCAAGCUAGGAGAGACUGACUCUGAGCAGAGCGGGGAUCCGGAGCUGAGGCGCAGGUUGGGUGAACUAACGAAGAAGCAUGAUGCGUUGGAGAGUAAAUACCGCAAUCUCCGGGAGAUCGGGAUUGUCGAAGCCAACGCCAACAUGGAAAAAUUGCGAAAGCACAGUGAGACUGUUGCGACAGCAUCAAAUGAACUAGUUGCCUCGCUCAAGGCGGAACUGGAAGUCCAGCGAAAGCUAGGAAACCAGAGCCGUGGACUUCAGAAACAACUUAGCGACCGUGAUGCUGAAAUGGUUCGGCUGAAAUCCGAUGCCAAUGAAGCACGAGCACAGCUUGCCUCCGCACAGUCUGAAGUCAAGGCUUUACAGACCAAGCUGGCUGCGGCGCGGAACACAGCUGCCAGCCUUGAGGGAGCUGUAGCCAAGGUCCCGGGCAGUGCUAUCAAGGGCGGCGCCAAUCGUGCUAACGCAGUUGCCAACGCCGAGGCCGCACAGGCUUCGCAGAUUGCACAGUUGAAGGAAGACCUAUAUAGCGAUUUGUCGGGCUUGAUUAUCCGUGAUAUCAAAAACAGAGAUACAGAACACGUCUACGAUUGUAUUCAGACUGGAAUCAACGGAACUCUCCACUUCCACCUGGUUGUGCCGAAGACCUCAACCGACUACGAUAAGACUGAAUUCCAGUACCUCCCUCUCUUGGACUCAAACCGCGAUCGCGAACUGGUGAACAUGCUGCCAGACUUUUUGACGGUGGAUAUCACGUUCGUCCGUGGACAGGCGGCCAAGUUUUAUACGCGCGUCAUUGAUGCCCUGACAAAGCGGCGGUCUCUUCCAGCACAAUAG